AUGCCAUCAAAUACCCCCGAGAUCCCCAUAGAGUCCCAGACUCCGCAAAGUAUAGGCAGCGGGGCUUUGCGUGACCGACCAAACAUUGGAAAUCUCCUCCGUAGUCGACAGCAAGGUCGAUUCAUAAGCAAUUCCUACUACAAGUAUGCCUGUAAUGACAGGCUCUCGGAGCUAAGCCCUUGGCGAAGCUGGAAGGGAGCUUCAGGCGGUAUUACCAGCAUGGCAUGGUCACCGGAUGGCACUCGGUUUUCCGCAGGAGCAACGACACAUGGCGGUGACUAUAAUCGAGGCAAUAAUUUGGUUUUGGGAGAUUUGGCGCGGAACUCACUAACGGAACUUCCCGAUCACUGGGUACAGUGUGAAAAUCCACACAGCACACAGGACUCACGUCUUUUCGCAACCGUCUCUAGCACACAGUGGGUCGGGGAACAGCUAUAUUCUGGGAGCUUCGACAAGACGGUCAAAAUGUGGGAUAUUGGGCAUGGGGCUUCCUGUGUCCAAACUCUCACUCAUGACGCUCAAGUCGAGGUUAUGGCUGCUUCAAAAUAUUCGCCGCGUCUACUUGCCACGGGUACCAAGAGCGGCUUCCGCCUCUGGGAUUUGGGCCCAUUUGUCUCCUAUCAAAACCUACCUAUUUCUCGUUCCGGUCAGAAGAACGUGGAAUUAUCCCCCACGAACCUCAUCUGGGGGAAUACACCCGUGACGAAGAACCUUGUCGUCGGUGGUAUGGUACAACGGACGGAUGACGUAGAGGAUAUUCACGUCGCUCGUUAUGGACAUUUGGCCAUGUGGAAGCUUGAAGAGUCAUCGGUGACCACAACCACAAUCAAGCUUAGUCCAGACUCACAAAACAUUUUCGACAUCAAGUGGCACCCCUCGAUGCCCAUAUUUGCGACAGCGAGUUCGAUGAGAGACCACAAGUCCUAUGAUCCUAGAUCUCAAUCGCUCGUCAACCUCUACGCAUACGUGCCCUCAGCAACCAAGGCCGUCCACACCUUUUCUUUUGGAUGUCCGGCUGUGGAUAUCAAUGAGACUACCUUCUCUCCAUUUGGAUCCUACCAUGUGACUGCUAGCUGCACAGAUGGAAUCACCUACGUGUGGGAUAUUCGCAAUCAGCGUGAAAUACUUCACGAAUUACGGCAUGGUCAGCCCGAUUACCCAAUUAAUCACGAAAUUCGCCGGGAAUAUGCCGACGUGGGUGUUUCUGCUGCUUUAUGGGGCACAUCGAUCGACCAGUUCUACACAGGUGCAUCUGAUGGCUUCAUCAAACAAUGGGACAUUCGACGCGCCACUGAAGACGCCUUGGUUUCCAAUGUUGCAGAAUUCAAUGAUGGAAUCACGCGUGCAGUCUUUUCGCCCGACAAUGCUCAUCUCCUUGUGGGUGAUACUGCAGGAGGGGUUCAUGUUUUGUCAUCCGGUCCCUGUGCGGACCCUGAGCCAAGGCUCUUCAAUUUCGAGUACGCACCUGUUCAAGACGAAGCUUGCGACAACCAAGCGGAACAGUCACCUGAAUUGACAGGAGUAGAAGUUGCGCGUCAUCUGUUGGACACACGCCAACUCACCAUGAAUCCGCUCUAUGGCCCAGUGCAAGGCCCCAACUACUCCGGUCCAUUUGCGCGGUGGCCACGAGGCAUUGAUGCCGAUGCACCUGCGGAAAGCGUAGCGCAGGCGCCUCUUCUAGAAGAGCACCAACUCCGCCAGUUCCAAGGCCCGUCAGUGAAGGACCGCAAUGGCCUCGAUGAACAUUCCAGACAGGAGUUACAGCGGGUAUUCAACCUUGCUCACGCUUGCAACGGUCCGAAAAAUGCCCGGUCGAAAGCUCCUCUGCCAGCACUGUCUCAGCCAGCCGCACCUCAACGGACAGCCGGACUGUCCGCAGGCCCCCAAGAAAGCUUGCAAAAGCGGAAGCGCGAGAGGUCUCAUACAUCUAUCAGCAGUGGCGAUGAAGUGACCCGUGCUCCUGCUCCCAAGAGGGCCAAGAGGGCAAAACAGCUCACCCCGAGCAAAAAUAAAGACAAACCUGCCGCGGAGCCUAUAGUGGCCAAUGUCAUAGACUUGACACUUUCAGACGAUGAUGAGGACGGACCGGUUACACCAAGCCGUGUAGAACCGCCUCCAGGGCCCAGUCCAACUAAACUCAAAGUGGAAGCCUCUGGGGAGGUUCCUCAGAGUAUCCCUGAUGAUGUUCCCAAUGAUGUUCCCAACGAUACCCCCGCUGGCAAAUUGGUGGAAACACCGGAUGAAGCGCUGGAAGAAGACUACUGGUGGCCAGACAACCAGCACGUAGAUGCAAAUAUCCCGCGCGGAACUGAUGGCUAG